AUGAGGGAGGGGCGGGGGUGGAGGUCCGUGAUGGAAAGCAAAAUUUGGGACAUAAAAGAUGACAAGAUCCUCCUUUCAUUGAAGUUGAGCUAUAAUCACUUGCAUUCUCAUAUGAAACAAUGUUUUGCCUAUUGUGCCACAUUCCCAAAAGAUUAUGAAAUCGAUAAAGAGAUGCUGAUCCAAUUGUGGAUGGCUAAUGGAUUUAUACCAUUUGAUCCGGAGAAGGACAUAGAAUUGAAAGGCCAUGAGAUUUUCAACGAGCUAUCGUCAAGGUCCCUCUUCCAAGACAUCGAGGAAUUUCGACAGGGCAUUAUCACAUUUAGGAUGCAUGACCUCAUUCAUGACCUUGCACAAUCUGUUAUUGGGAAUGAAUGUUGCAUUCUUGAAAAGCCUAGAAGCAUUUCAAAUACAACACUUCGGCAUUUGUCUGUAACCAUGCAUGAUCCUAAAAUUUCAAGUAUGGAGAAGGUGCAUACAUUUAAUACUCUCCGGACGCUAUUGCUGUUGAGGGACUGGGAAAGUGAUUUUGAUCUAUCCCAUAUCAGUUGGGAAGAAACCAAGCUGCGGGCACUUGGCUUACGGGGAGCUAUGAUAUAUGACUUUCCUAUUUCAAGACUCCAUGUAAAGCAUGUGAGAUACCUUGACCUCUCGAAAACUAAUAUUAGUACAUUACCUGAGGCUACAUCCAAUCUUCUGAACUUGCAGACACUGAACCUCUCCUAUUGUGACUAUCUUCAACAGCUACCCAAAGGCAUCAGAAAGAUGAGCAGUCUUAGGCAUCUUUAUCUUCAUGGUUGCAUAAGAUUAGAAAGCAUGCCUAGAGGGAUAGGGGAAUUGAAGUGCCUCCAUACGCUCACAGCAUACCCAGUAGGGAAUGAGAUUGAAAGCGGAAGUAUCAAAGAGCUGAAGGACUUGUGCAUCGGAGGCAUGCUUGAACUUUAUCGCCUUAAGAAUGUGAGGAGUGUAGCAGAAAGCUGA